AUGAUUGUCGAUUUCAAUUUACGCCAAAUCAAAACAGUCGAUGACAAGACAGAAGAAGAAGAUAGAUUCAAGACAUGUUCAAGUUUUCAUGACGAAAUAUUUGACCCGGUUUCUGUGGUAUGCAGAAAAUUGUUUUGUCCUCCAAUGUUAAUAGCAUAUGAAGGAACGUGCAUUUUAGUUGGUAAUUUGAUAAGUGACCAUCACCAACCAAUGGGAGAAUGUACAUAUGUCAAGUUGGAAAAGCAGGAGUAUAAAAUACAAAAUUCAUCAUCUAUUUUACUAGUGUCAUCAAAUAGGACAAUUGAAUCAUCAAAAUUUUAUGUAAACGACUCCCAGGUAUAUAUGUGUUUCGAAAUAUUUAAAACAACUAAAUACAACAAUUUUACUUUUAUAAUCAAAGCAACUAUAGUUGAAAGUUACUUGUCACUUUCUGGGUUGACAUGUUCUAUUGUAGCACUGGUAGUUACCCUCUCGGUGUACAUGAUCCUCCCGGAACUACGUAACACGCCGGGAAAGAAUUUAAUAUGUUUGAUGAUAGGAUUACUCUCGGCACAACUUCUCUUUCUUUUUUCUAACCAGGCCUCUGAUAAUCCAAUGGUAUGUAAAGUCAUAGCAAUUUUUAUUCAUUAUUUCUUUUUAGCAUCGUUCAGUUGGAUGAAUGUAAUUACCUUUGAUUUGUUCAUAACAUUUUCCCAUUCGAGAAUUGUAAGCUCAAAUAAGUCCAAAAUAUUCUAUAAAUACUGCCUGUACGGUUGGUUACUUCCAGCAAUGAUUGUAUUUUCUGCGAUGAUCUUAGAGAAUACACAUCCUGGUUAUGAUAAAUAUAGGCCCCGAUAUGGAGACACUGUUUGCUGGAUUUCUUCAAAGAACGCUUUGUUAUUGUUUCUCUUAGGCCCUCUUGCUGUAUUCAAGCUAUGUGAUGUAGUUGGGUUUAUUUGUACAUCUUUUUACAUUUCAAUGGCAAGGCGACAGAGCGCAUAUGCCAGACGUUACACUUUCUGUUCAUGUUUGCUUUAUCUGAAAUUGUCAUUAAUUAUGGGACUUACAUGGUUAUUUGCUUUUGUUGGUAUGCUAACUAACAACGCUAUAGUUUGGUAUAUCUUUAUAAUAUUCAACACACUUCAAGGCGUAUUUCUUGGAAUAAGCUUUUUAAGUACAAAACGAACAAUGACAUUGAUUCGUGCAAAAUUAAGGAGACGUCAAAAUGCCCAUCCAACCCGUAGAACAUUCUCGACAAUACCGAACACGUCACUCUAA